AUGAUAAAAAUACAAAACAAGUAUAGCUACUAAGAAGAUGAUUUUAUUGGAAAAGGAGCUUAUUCAAAAGUCUAUAAAGGUUUAAUUGAUAAAACAAAAGAGUUCGUAGCUAUAAAAGGUUUAAAUUUAACAUCAUCUUAGUUAUUGAUUGGAGUAAGGUUUAGGAUAAAUACUAUAUCUCUGGUUUUUAAAGAGAGGUUCGAAUACUUAGAGAUUUAGAUCAUUAAAAUAUAGUUAAAAUCAUGGAUAUAUUCCAUGAUGCAAAUUAAAAUAGAGAAUAUCUCAUAAUGGAAUAUUGUGAUAGUUAAAAUCUGAAAGCAUUUAUUUAUCAAUCUGGAGGAGUUCUAAACGAAAAUAUCACAAAAAUAGUAUUAUAGUAAUUGUUGACUGCUCUAAAUGAAUUAAUAAAAAAGGAGUAUUUACAUAGAGAUAUCAAACCAGAAAACAUUUUGAUUCACUAAAGGACAUUGAAAUUAGCAGAUUUUGGAUUCUCAGUAAAGGCAGAUUAUUCUGGCAAUCAACUUUUUAAAGAAAAUGUAGGCACUCCAUUAUAUAUGGCUCCAUAAAUACUUGAAAAUAAACACUAUUCGGUUAAAAGUGAUAUUUGGUCUAUAGGAAUUAUGACAUAUUAAAUGUUAACUGGGGAUUAUCCAUGGAUUGCUGAUGAUCCAAUUCAACUUUUAAAAUCCAUAAAAUCUUAAAAAUUAUUAUUCCCUUAACAUAUUUAAAUUACGGAUGAGUUUAAAGAAUUUAUAAUAAAUUGUUUAUAAUUUGAAGAAAAAGAUCGAUACAAUUGGGAUGAUUUAUUAGAUCAUAAAAUAUUUAAAACUAAAUAUAUUAUACAAAAGAAUUAAAUAAAAAUCGAACAACUCUAAGUAUAUAUAAUAUAUAAUAAUUUAAGUUAGCAAUAAAUAAAAUAAAAUAAACUUAGAAAGAUAGAGGUACUCAUUUAGAAUAAUUAUUUAUAAAUUUAGAUAUGGAUGCAGAUAAGAAACUAACUUUUGAAGAAUUUUAAGUAUUAUUACUUUAUGUUGAUAAUAAUAUGGAUAUAAAUAUUUAAAAAGGAAUUUUUCAUAAAUACAAUGUUAAUAAAAAUAAUUUACUUAAUUUUAAUGAAUUUAGCAGAAUAUUUUAAUGA